ACCAACAUAUUAACAACAGCAAAACGCACCCAAUCCUCUACGGACCUUCUCUUUUCUCAUCCUGCCAUGGUAAUGUGAGAAGCGUGAAAAUGGCUAUCAACUACUUGAUCCUGCUGUCUCGGCAGGGCAAGGUGCGCCUAGCCAAAUGGUUUACCACCUUGUCUCCCAAGGACAAAGCGAAGAUCGUCAAGGACGUCUCUCAACUAGUCCUCGCUAGACGAACUCGCAUGUGCAACUUUCUUGAAUAUAAAGAUACUAAAAUCGUCUACCGCCGUUACGCCUCUCUAUUCUUUAUUGCCGGCUGCUCUUCCGAUGACAACGAGUUGAUCACGCUCGAGAUCAUUCACCGAUACGUCGAACAGAUGGACAAAUACUACGGCAACGUCUGCGAGCUCGACAUCAUCUUCUCUUUCACAAAGGCAUACUACAUAUUAGAUGAGAUAUUACUAGCAGGGGAAUUACAAGAGAGCAGUAAGAAGAACGUACUCCGCUGCAUAGGGCAGCAGGACUCUCUCGAAGAUAUGGAGGUCGAGGACGAAGUUACGAAAAUCAUGUAACAAGUUACAAUGUAUUUUUUUCUCGAGCGGAUUGCAGUCC